AUGCUGCGGCAGCUACAACUGCGAAGGAGCGGUCACCCGGUGGGAAUUGACGAGUGCCUAUCAGAGCGAAUCCCCUUCCAACAUAUCCACAGUCAACAUUGCGAGCACGGAUCAACCCCGUCUAAAACUCCACCUGCUCCCUCCGCAAACGUCCCCCUCCUCAUUCUCACACGAACCGCCGCGGCGGCGGCCACCACAGCGGCCGCCGUCGGUCACACUCCUGAUGCUUCAACCGGCGUCGCCGAACUCGCCAUAAUCAUCCCUGCCUAA